AUCUUCAGUCCGCAGAUGUAUUCAUACAACAGAGGAUAUAUGCGCUGGAGUGGGUGUGUGCGGGAGAGGAGGGGUUAAAGAUUGGGAGGGUAUAGAUUGCAGUUGGAGCUGUGGUGGGGUUGGGCUGGAUUGUGAUAGCGACAGAUGUCUAGAAAACUGUGAGGGGCACUCCUCGGUUAGCCUACACCACAGUCCCACACUGCACCUCGGAGAGCAGGGGCGGAAUCUGCAGCUGUCACUCCAAAGGUUUACCUCCAUUAUCACAUCCAGCCGGCGCCUGGAAAAGAAGUCCCAACUGAUCACUCUCUUACAGGAGACACCAUGGGAGGCAAACUGAGCAAGAAGAGGAAGGGAUAUGAUGUGAGCGACCCCAAAGAGGCGAAGGAAGAGGCCGCAGUGACAGCUACAAGUGCAGAGAAGUCUGCUGAAGUGGAGGCUGCAGCCACGCCCACAGAAGUUAAGUCAACAGCUGAGGCAGCAGUAACUGAAGCUGUAAAAGCCCCAGAAGAACCCAAAACUCCACCUCCAGAGGAGCCAGUUGCAGCAGCACAGGUGGCAGCUCCAGUUGCGAAAGAACCAGCUGCAGCGGCAGAGGAACCAGCUCCAGCCGCGAAAGAACCAGUUGUAGCAGCAGAGGAACCAGCUGCAGUAGUAGAAGAACCUGUUGCAGCAGCAGAGGUACCAACUCCAACUGAGGAACCAGUUUUAGCAGCAGUGGUACCAGCUCCAGUAGAGGAACCAUCUGUAGCAGCAGAGGUACCAGCUCCAGUAGAGGAACCACCUGCAGCAGCAGAGGUACCAGCUCCAGUAGAGGAACCACCUGCAGCAGUAGAGGUACCAGCUCCAGUAGAGGAACCAUCGGUAGCAGCAGAGGUACCAGCUCCAGUAGAGGAACCACCUGCAGCAGUAGAGGUACCAGCUCCAGUAGAGGAACCACUUGCAGCAGCAGAGGUACCAGCUCCAGUAGAGGAACCAUCUGUAGCAGCAGAGGUACCAGCUCCAGUAGAGGAACCACCUGCAGCAGCAGAGGCACCAGCUCCAGUGGAGGAACCUGCAGCAGCAGAAGUCCCAGCCCCAGUGGAGGAACUACCAGCAGUUGCAGAGGUACCAGCUCCAGUAUGGGAACUACCUGCAGCUGCAGAGGUACCAGCCCCAGAAGAGGAACCACCUGCAGCAGUAGAGGUACUAGCUCCAGUAGAGGAAACACCUGCAGCAGUAGAGGUACCAGCUCCAGUAGAGGAAUCACCUGCAGCAGUAGAGGUACCAGCUCCAGUAGAGGAAUCACCUGCAGCAGUAGAGGUACCAGCUCCAGUAGAGGAACCACCUGCAGCAGCAGAGGUACCAGCUCCAGUAGAGGAAUCACCUGCAGCAGCAGAGGUACCAGCUCCAGUAGAGGAACCAGUUGCAGCAGCAGUAGAUGAACCAGCUCCAGUAGUUAUAGAACCAGUUGUAGCAGCAGAGGAAUCUGUUCCAACAGCAGAGGAGCCAGCCCCAGUCAUAGAGGAACAAUCUCCAGUACAGAUCCCAGAUGCUACAGCAGCAGCAUCGGAGGAACCCAUGCCUACAGCUGCACCUGAAGAGCUCCCUGUAGAAGAACCUGCUGCAACUGUAGAAUCUGUGUCAGUGCCAGAGGUUGUUCCUGUCAGUGUGGAGGAAGCACCUAAGGACCAAGAGCCAGAGCCCACACCAGAGACUGUUACUGAGCCAGAAGUCACUGUGGAGCAGACAGUGCUGCCUGCUGCUGUCCCUGAACCUGAGCCAGUGGCUGAGCUAGCUGCAGAGCCAGUGCUGGAGCAAGCCCCAGAACCAGAGCAAACACUCAAGUCAGAGCCAGAACUUGAACCAGAGAAGGCACCAGAGCCAGAACCAGAGGAAGUAUUAGAGCCAGAGCCUGAGCAAAAGGCUGAUAUUGUAGAAUCGGCAGCAGAGCAACAAGUAGAAGUUGAGCCAGAACCAACUGUAGCCACGUCUGACAUUACCCUUGAGGCUGGUGGAGCAGAAGCAACUGUGGGCUCGGAGACUGCAGCAGAGGUCCACACUGAUAAACCUGUAGAAGAGGAAUCUGUUCCAACAGAAGUAUCUGCUGCUGAGCCAGCACCUGAGCCAGAAGCAGCAGAACCCAUCCCUGAGAUUGUCAUAGAGUCUGUCUCUGCCAGUGAAAUUACUGCUGAGCCUGAAGAGGUAGCUGAAACAUCUGCAGAAGAGGUGCCUUCCCAGGAACCUGAGGUACAAAGCAAGAUGGAAAACGGAAAUUUAGAGAGCCCCUCUGUUACAGAGGAUGUGGCAGAAGUAGAUGCACUUCCAGCUGUGAAUGGAGAGUGCACAAAUUCUGCUGCCAUGACGACAGAGGAAUGUGUUAAUGGUAAUGAAAAGCCAGAGGAGGCGCCUAUCAAGGAGCAAAGUGACUUUGAACUGAAAAAGGAUGUGAACGUGAGUGGGGAUGUCCAGGAAGUUCCCGAUGCAGUCCCGGAUAUGGUGGAUGGUCUCGGCACUGAGGUUACCCAGGCAGUCUGAAAAGAAGCCAUCUUACAAAUCAAUGUGAAUUCAGUUUUAAUCCUCCGAUGUGAGAGAGCCAAAAACAGAUAGGCUUUCUGGAAGGCUGUAAUCACCGCAAUGUCUAUAGUGGUAACUCAGGCAAAGAGGAUAUUUUCUUUUGAGUAACCAAAAAUGAAAUGCAACCACUUGAGGAUAGAAAGAGAGACCAACAGACAGACAAGACAGACAGACAAAGAGAGAGAGAGAGAGAGAGAGAGAGAGAGAGAGAGACAGACAGAGAGAGACUGGAAGUGCAGAGAGGAGACUUGAGUUUGGAUUUUGAGGGUAAGUACAGUCAGACAAUGAAACUAAACAACAGAGCAAAAAUACUGAUACUGAUGAUAUAAAUGAAUGAAAUGAAUAAAUCUGUCUUUGUAUGUGAGCCUGAUGAAUAUUACAAAGUGGUUUAUUGAAACAGCAUCCAUUAUUAAUUAGUAUGUUAUCUGAUUUAGAAUGUCAUAUAACCUUUCUAUUACUAUAUGCAGAGACAUAAAUGUUUUGGUCUUUUAUAACAACGGUACAUGUGAGGACUGUUCAUUUUAAACUGAUUGUUCGGAAUAGAGAAUAAAAAGAGAUUGUUAUAGCCUACA